CUGCUGACGACCGUCGUAAUCGUACGGCGGACACGCGACCGAACGACCGACAAUAACAAUUAUUAUAACUCACUACUCGUGUCCGUUUUUCACCCUGCUGAAGUUUGUGUGUUCGGUUUGCGGUGAAUUAUAUCGUAGAAUCGGACAUCAACGUCGACUUGCCGGCACAUACGACACACCGUCGAAGUAUACGAUCACCGUCGGAGAUCGUUUCGGUUGAUUACAUAUACGUAGAGCAUCAAUACAAUCAUCAAGAUGCUGGACACUGUAAUUCAAGGGUAUAACACCCUAAUGAAUGAUUAUAGUGAUAAAAGGGUUAAAGAUUGGUUCCUUAUGAGUAGUCCCUUACCUACUAUGACAAUGUGCCUGUCAUAUGCAUUCAUCGUAAAGGUUUUGGGACCAAGGUUAAUGAGAGAUCGCAAACCAUUCCAAUUGCGAAAAACAUUAAUCGUUUACAAUUUACUGCAAGUCAUAUUUUCCACCUGGAUAUUUUACGAAGCAUGGGAUGGUGCAUGGGGUAAUGGUUACAGUCUUCGAUGCCAACCUGUUGAUUAUUCAACAUCCCCAAGCGCUAUGAGAGUGGCUCGUGGAUGCUGGUGGUACUUCUUUUCAAAAUUCACGGAAUUCUUCGAUACCUUCUUUUUCGUUAUGCGAAAGAAAUACGAUCAAGUAUCUACCCUGCACGUCAUACACCACGGAAUCAUGCCGAUGAGCGUGUGGUUUGGCGUUAAGUUCACACCCGGCGGUCACAGCACGUUCUUUGGGCUGCUUAACACGUUUGUACACAUCAUUAUGUACACGUAUUACAUGUUGGCCGCCAUUGGGCCACAAAUGCAAAAGUACCUCUGGUGGAAGAAAUACUUGACUGUGCUCCAAAUGAUUCAAUUCAUCAUGGUGUUCAUCCAUGCAUCACAGUUACUGUUCAUCGAGUGCGAUUACCCGAAGGCAUUUGCUUGGAUCAUCUUGCUGCACGCCGUUAUGUUCUACUUCCUGUUCUAUAACUUCUACCAACAAUCGUACAAAAAGAGAGAGGACAAAAAGAAGGUAGCCCAACAGAAGAAGGACGAUGACGACCGGGCAAACAAUCGGCCCGUGGACGUACCACAGCCCGUAGAUUCUUCCAUCCAAAACCAAGCCAAAUCGUUCUGGUCCAACUUGACGUCAACACCAUGCUUCCUGCCCGCCGUCACAGACACCGAUGCCUGCGAAGAGAUGUAUUCGCGACCACCGGUUAACAGCGCAGCGCGAAGCGCGUUCAUGUCCGACGGUGCGGGAUCAUUUGGCAACAGGGCGUUCGUGUCCAAAUCUGCAAGCGCGUGAAGCCACAGGCUCACAACUCUCCCUUUAACUCCCCUUAAACCAUUGAAAAAUAUCCUGAAACCUACCAUAGCUAUCAUGCACGAAUAUGUAACACUACAUACCCCUGUUCCACAAAAACCGAAACGAAAACGCUCACAAUAAUAAUAAUGUAAAUAGUACACAAUAUAUACCUUAAUUGUGUACCAAUUGAAUCCGAAAAUCAUUUAUUUGCGCCCUGAUCGCGAUGUAGUCUGUUUUAUUUCCAAUGACCUCUUCGGUUUUUGACUGACUCAUUUGGUUCUUGAGAUACAGUCAAAUAAUAAUAAUAUAAAUAUACAAUCGCUUUUGUGUGUAAUUUUCUUUUCUCACGUUCCAAGGACAUCUUUAUUAUUAUUAGAUAGAUAUUAUAAUUAUUAUUAUUAUAACUAUUAUUUACGAGAAUUUUGUUUCGUGCUACUUCGACGAUGGCUCAAAAACAAAGAAAAUUAAUUCGAUUCUCAGUGUGCUCAUCGGCGAUCGGACAAUUUCUCGUAUAUGUGUUAUCGCAUAGGUAUUAGGAUGCAGUCGUGUAUGCAGUAUAUUAUAUUAUUAUUAUUAUUAUAUUUAUUAUUAUUAUUAAUAUUAUCAUAUUUAUUAUUAUUAUUAUUAUAUUCAACGCAUGCGGUCGUCUGCCAUCGUAUUUCGAUAUCACAGGAUUCAACGAUAAUAAUAUUAUUGUUAUAAAAUUUGCCCGGUCUAUCGUGGCAGUGCGACCGCUAGUCAAAAUCAGUUUAAUAUCAUUAGAUUUUACUAUAGAUUUACACAUUGUAUUAAGUCGUAUAGUUAUUAUGCUCUAUGAAUUAAUAUAAUUACUAUCGUCGUUAGGGUACGACUGUCGUACGCGAAAUGUAUAAUAAUAUGCGCGUGUGCAAAUAUAUGGCGAGGCAAGGAGGCGAGGAGGAUAAAAAAAAUAAUCAAUACCAUGGUAUACAAUGACAAAAAUCUAAGUGUUGACCAACGAUCGUGUUAAACACCCCAUGUCUUUGUCAUUGUUUAUGAUAAUGUAUUGUGGUAUUGGUAUAUAAAUCUGUUGUCCAUUUUUCAACUUGUUUUUUUUUUUUGUUAUUUUAUUGUAUUUAAUAUGUAUAAUGUAUAUUUAAACUAUAUAUGUACUAUGCCAAGUGUAAGUAUGAGUUGGUAUGAUGAAAAAAAAAAAAUUAAAAAAAAUUAAAAAAUGAUUUGUACUCAUUGCAACUCUCCAUUUGUUUAUAAUAUUAAAUUAUGCUCGAACAGACUAUUAUAAUUAUACCUAUUAAGUUAUAUUAUGUAAUUUAAAUAAUAAUAUGUUAAUAUGUAAUAUUCAGUCAUUUAUAGUGCCCUGUAUUUCUUGCCUUGUUUAAUUAAAUAUUAAUUGUAUGAUUGAAGUAUAAAUAAAAUUGAUGUAAUAUUUUUUAA